AUGCGGAGUGGCGACGUCGGGCUGGAAGAGACUCCCAGCCCUUGUGCCGCACUCUCUGUGAGAAGCACCAGUAAUGGAUCAAACUGCAGACUUGCACUGGCCAACAAAGUCGCUGUGGUUACAGGGUCCACAAAUGGGAUUGGCUUCUCCAUUGCUCGGCGUCUGGCCCAGGAUGGGGCCCACGUGGUCAUCAGCAGCCGGAAGCAGCAGAAUGUGGACCGUGCAGUGGCCACACUGAAGGAGGAGGGGCUGUGUGUGACGGGCACUGUGUGCCAUGUGGGGAAGGCAGAAGACCGGGAGCAACUGGUGGCCACGGCCCUAGAAAGCUGUGGGGGUGUGGACUUCCUCGUGUGUGUUGCAGGGACUAAUCCCUUGGUGGGGAGUACCUUAAGGAGCAGUGAGCAGAUCUGGGACAAGAUCCUGGGUGUGAAUGUGAAGGCCCCAGCCCUGCUGCUGAGCCAGCUGCUGCCCCAUAUGGAAAACAGGGGACAAGGUUCCGUGGUCCUGGUGUCCUCCGUUGCAGCCUAUAUACCAUUUCCUAGGCUGGGAGUCUACAAUGUCAGUAAAACAGCCCUUCUGGGACUAACCAAGACCCUGGCAGUAGAGCUAGCGCCGAAGAACAUUCGAGUGAACUGCUUAGCACCAGGCGUCAUCAACACAGACUUCGGCCGUGUGCUCACUGAAGACCCGGCCUUUGAGGACCAUUUGAAGUAUGUCUUUGGAAUGCAGAGAGUGGGUCAGCCUGAGGACUGUGCAGGAAUCGUGUCUUUCCUGUGCUCCCCGGAGGCCAGCUAUAUCACUGGUGAGAACAUAGCUGUAGCUGGCUGGUCCCCCCACCUCUGA